AUGGCCGGCACGGUUCCGAGCUCGCCGCGAUUGAAUUCGAGGAAGAAGAGGUCACAUAUGGCUUGCGAACAGUGCCACCAUCGAAAGGUCCGGUGUAGUAUUGGCCAAACGGGCCAGCCGUGUACCAACUGCGGUCUGGAUGGCGUCGCGUGCAGGCCGUACACUCGUGCGCGGACCCGCGUUUCGGCGCACCGCACGCACAAUCACUCAUCUCACACGACGAACCCCGCCCCCCCGGAACGUGUACCGAUCGUGGCCCAAACACCUGCGACUUUGGACGCAGUGGCUACUGUCGCCACCGAAAAUCCGGCGAGGGUGGUUAACAGCACCACCGCGGAGCAAUUUAGCCGUAGCAGGCUCGAGGAGUCAAAUAACACGGCAGACUGGGAGUUGGAAACAGCCUUGCAACGAACAGACCCAGGGAGCGCUUUCAAUGCGACACUAGAUGAGACCGUGCAUAACGACAAUGUGCCGUUCUACGUGGGAGAAGAGCAAGGACUCUGCUUUGUCCUUGAUAUCUGUCGGCCUAAUCGACCGAAGGGACCCCAAUUUUCCGUUGCGCCGGCGCAAGCAAAAGAGAUUUCCCCCGCAGACCUUACUUAUCUCCAGGAAAGAGAGGUUUUCUCUCUACCGUCCGAAGUGCUCUGCGAGGAGCUGAUACGGUGUUAUUUUCAUCAUGUGCAUCUCUUCCUACCGAUAAUCGACGCCAAAAGCUUCCUGUAUAAUUACUCGCAGAAUGGUCCGUCCAAAAUGAGUCCCCUACUUCUAUGGAGUAUGUUUUUCGUGGGAGCAACCUUCCUAUCGGACGAAACGGUCAAAGCCACGGGCUUCGCCACGAAGGGCGCAAUGAGGCGGGCAAUGUACCAAAAGGCGAAGCACCUCUAUGACAUGGACUAUGAGCAAAAUAAGAUCACCUUAAUACAAUCUGUCAUACUCAUGUCAUAUUGGUACGCAGACACCGAGGACCGCACAGGCCCGUGCCACUGGAUUGGCGUUGCGAUCGCUCUUUGUCACACAAUUGGCCUUCAUCGUGAACCAGGAGCAUUCUUCCCCGGUGGCCAAACCCGCCUGUGGCGUCGAAUCUGGUGGAGCUGCUUCUAUCGAGAAACAUGGCAGUGCAUUGCGUACGGAAGACCGAUGAGAAUUCGUCUCGAAGAUUGUGAUGUGCCCAUGCCUGUGACAGAAGACCUGUGGCUAGGGGUGACCGAUUUGCCUCUAAGCGUCCAGAACUCCUAUCUUCCAGACGACCGCGUCCCUCUCUCGCAACUGUACCUGUCGCUAUUAAAGCAUUCUGUCAGUCUGGCCGAGGUGUUACGCGUCCAUUACCGACCGAAGAAGGCCAUGCCGACGACAGCUCAGUUAGAAUCUGACUACCAAGAGAUCCUCCGGCAUCUCGACACCUGCCACGAGUACGAGCGUCACCCUAGCGAGCUUGUCAGAAGCUGUGCUGCCCACGUCCGUGUUCAAAACGAGUAA